AUGUCCAAUAACACCCGAGCCUUCACCCUCUUCCCCAUCCGCUUCGCCUCCAGCGUCUCCCUCAACGCCGCCAACAACGAGGACACAAUCUCCGACCGCACCCGCCUCCGCCUCACCCACACCUCAUCCCCACCACCACAAGAACAAACCCAAACCUCCUCGUCUCCUCCCGCCUACGACUACGACACUUCCACAUCCCCCUCCCUCACCGUCCUCGCCACCGUCGCCGUCAUCUCCAUCCUCUUCCCGCGCGUCACCGCAUCGUGCAUGGUCCUCGCCCUGCUGGUCCUGCUGUUCUGGGUGAUUGGGUCGACGUGGCAGGAGGUUUCGGACGGGGAGGUGGAGGGCGUGGUGUUUGGGGAAGAGAGGGAUAGGAGUGGGAUGUUUUUCGUGAUGAAUGGGUUUUGCAUGUUUCUUGCGGCGGUGGGGGCGAGGGUUGUGGAGAGGUUUUUGCUGGGGUAG